UUCUUUUUUUCUUUUUCUUUUUAAACUCAAUAAUUCAUAUUACCCAAUUUCAAAAACAAAACCAAUCCAAACCAAACUAACAAACUCAAUUUACCCAUUCUUCUCCAAACCGAAUAAACUUCAAACAAUGGCAACGAAUGAACACGUUCCAGUAGAAUCCGAGCCAAACCCGAACCUAAACCCAAACCAGAACCAAACUCCGACCCCCUCUCCAAUCCCCGAAGACACCGACGAACUCAAAAAAGUCUUCAACGGUUUCGACGCCAACCGCGACGGCAAGAUCUCCGCCAACGAACUCGAAACCGUUCUCCGAACACUCAGAUCCGACGUGCCACAGGAGGAAGAACUCCGCCGCGUGAUGGAAGAUAUAAGCACCGAUCACCACGGUUCCAUCAACCUAUCGGAAUUCUCCGCGGUCUGCCGCUCCGACACUUCUGACGGCGGCGGCGGUUCAGCGCUUCGCGAUGCUUUCGAUCUGUACGAUCGCGACAAAAACGGACUUAUCUCGACUGAGGAGCUUCAUCUGGCGCUGGACCGCCUCGGGAUGAAGUGUUCAGUGGAGGAGUGCAGGGAGAUGAUCAAGUCCGUUGAUUCUGACGGUGACGGAAGUGUUGACUUCGAUGAGUUCAAGCAGAUGAUGACGGCGAAGAGCCGCGCCGUUAACGACUCUGUUAAUUAGACGUUAAAAGUUUCGAAGUCUUCGUCAUGGUUAGAAGUUUCGGUGUAUUCGGUAAAAGCUUCCACUGUACUUUUUUUUUUUAACAUAAAUAAAUAAUGAGCGAAUUGCUCUGAAACUUUAUAGUUUUUAUAAUUUCAUGUCAUAACAGUAUUUCAAAUAUUAAAUUAUGUUUUAAAUUUUUAA